GGGUUCAGAGGAAACGAAGAGAGGAAAGUUGCGAGCUUGAGGGAUUUAAAGGAAAGGAAUCUGUUCAAAAGGAAAAAGCGAGAGAGGGAAGAAGAGAAAGUCGUGCUGCUGACUACUGUAGACAGAGAAGAGAGAGGAGAGUGUUAAUGGACUCAGAAACCUUGGCAUCCAUGGAGCCCAAUCUCCAAAGCCCUGCCGCGAAAUCUCCGGCGCCACAACUACCGCCGCCGUCGACGCCACAAUCCUCUCAAGUUUUGCGGCAGUGGAGGCCGGCGGCGCAGCGGAAUAUCAAAAACCAGUGGUUGAAAUUGGUUUCUCUCUGGAAGGAUUGGCUCUCUUCCUCCUCCUCCGCUCGCUCGCACGCCACUUCUCUAGUGAACUCUUAUCUCUCGCAGAGGUACAUGGAUGGAAUGGAGUUGGGAGUUUUGAGUGAUGUGCCAGAUAUAAGAAAGAAAGCAUGCCAUAAGUUAUCCAGGCAGCAGGUGACCAAUAGAAGUAACCUCUUGUCAUCCUACAAAAAUAUGGUUGGCAUUGUAACUCAGAUGGUCAACACUUCUAGAUCCAUGAGGUGUUAUCUCAGAGGGACCAGCAGCAGCCCAAUUAUACAGUUUUCUAGCAACCAAGAUAACCAGAAUGACACUGGCGAUGGUGGCGGAGUUCCUGUGUUCACAUUUUUGGCAAUCGCUUCUUUUGAGAAAAUGGCGGAAGAGUUGGUUCAAAUGUUAAAAUCUGAAAUGAGUUUAAAGCGGUUACUUGUAAUGGAGUUGUGCUCCAUUAGUGACAAAGAUAACAACAGCAUUGUUUGGUCAGAGGAGUUAUAUCCGGGGGAGUUUGAUGAUCUCAUUAUAUGCGGUUUGUACUCCGAUGAAGCUAGUGAGCUAAUCUUUCCAAGUGACGCAAGUUACAAAUCAGAUAUGCCUACAAAUUUAUCUGGCCAUCAAGAAGAGCGGAAUGUUCUCCAGGUAUACUUAACAACAUGGCUUGCAGAAGUGAAGAUUGACAGAUUGAGGAUCGAUGAAAUAUUCGCCAUAGUAGGAGAGGAAGUUCACAUUACUCUCUCUUCUUGACCAUGGAAGCUGGAGGCUGGAGCUAUGCCUAUAACAAAGACUAAUUUUGUACACUUCAUCUUGUACUUGUACAUUGAUACCUAUAACAAAGACUAAUUUUGUACACUUCAUCUUGCGAUUAUUUCAUAUCUUAUCUUGUGACUGUAAAUACAUAAUGUGUUAACUGAA